AUGAAAGUAAUUGGAGCACAUGUUGGUGGUGGUGAUCAUAUAAAGACCACUAACCACUCUUCAAUUGGUCCUCCUUUGACUGCCAUUGAUAGAUUCUUAUGGGGUCAACAAAACCAUUUCCCUCAAAAGAAACUUCAACAAAAUGUUGAUGAUCAAAAUAUGUGUAGCUUUGGUUGUUCUAAUGUUUCAACAUAUAGUUCUAUGUGGCCUAAUAAUAAUAUGAUCUUGACUCAAGAAGCUAGCUUUGUUGAUCAUCUUUUGGCAAAUGAAGAGGUGAUGAAUUGGACACACCAAAUUCCUUCAUUGUGUGUGGAGAAAGAAGAUGUGAUCAAUGAUUUAGGCAAGGGUACAAAAAUGGUUGGAAAAAGACCUAAGAAAGUGUCUUCUUUUUCUUUGAUCAAAGGACAAUGGACGAAUGAAGAAGACAGUAAAUUGUUGAAGUUGGUGAAGCAAUAUGGUGUAAGAAAAUGGUCUCAAAUAGCUGAGAAGUUGGAAGGAAGAGCUGGAAAGCAGUGUCGAGAGAGGUGGUAUAAUCAUCUAAGGCCUGAUAUUAAAAAAGAUAGUUGGAGCGAAGAAGAAGAGAGGAUACUAGUAGAAAGCCAUGGCAAGAUUGGAAACCGCUGGGCGGAGAUAGCAAAGAAAAUUCCUGGAAGAACAGAGAAUGCAAUUAAGAAUCAUUGGAAUGCAACUAAAAGGAGACAAAAUUCAAGGAGAAAGAACAAAAAGCCUAAAACUACAAAUGCUAAACCACAAUCUUCUAUUCUCCAAGACUAUAUCAAAACUUUGACUCAAAAAUCGUCCACCACUACUACCACCACCACCACCACUACUACUACCGCGUCUAGCUCCACGUCAGCAUUAAUCUCUGAGGACCCUUCUUCAAACCAAUCCGACCUUGUUUUUUCGAACAUGUCUCAUGAAAAUUCAUCAUCACCACUUAUAGUUGAAUCUUAUGAUGAUGAACUUCUCUUCAUGCAACAACUUUUCAAGGUGAAUAAUAAUUCUGAACCUGGUAACCCCUACUACAAGAAACCCUCUUUAAACUCUUAUUCAUUGGAUUAUUCUUCCCAAACUAAUAGUAAUCAGAUUCUCUGUGAUGUUACUGAUUGUGGAUUUGUUCAUUCCAAUUCUAAUUACCCUAUGAUGAAUUUUGAUCACUGCUACCUUUCACCAAUGUUGAAUGGAAAUCAUCAAAACCAAAGUAAUGUGGAGUGGCAACUUGGGAAUAUGAAUUUUUAG